GUCAAGCCCACUCUGCUGAUGCUGGCGCUCAACACGGCGGGGUUGCUGUACAUGUUCCUCGCGCUGGCCAUCGUCUGCGACGAGCACGGUGGCGGGCUUCGUGCCCUCGCUCGACGUCAUCACCGAGAAGCUCAGCCUCUCGCCAGACGUCGCCGGGGCCACCUUCAUGGCCGCGGGCGGAUCGGCCCCGGAGUUCUUCACGGCCCUGGUGACGUGCUUCAAGGAUCGGCGAGCGACGUCGGGGUUGCCACGAUUGUUGGCUCCGCCGUGUUCAACGUCCUGUUUGUCAUCGGCGCGUGCGGCAUCGCCGCGAAGAGUACUCUGCAGCUCACCGCGUUCCCACUCGCUCGCGACUCAAUGUUCUACACAGUGCACCUCAUUUUCUUUUAUUACAUCUAUCCAGGAGCGACGGAUUUAUAG